AUGGCCUCAGUUUUAGCAGCUAGUGGAUAAAACAUUCUUGGUGCAGGACGCUUUAAUAUUUCAAAGAAUACCAUAACUGUGAAUACAGAUAUUGAAAAACUUAUUAAAGCAGAAGUCUUCAAGAAGUAAAUUAGAAUCAGAGAAUUUUUCUAUGAUUUCGAUAGAUUGCGUAAGGGUGUAGUUACUGAAGACAAGUUUCGUUCAGCUCUUUCAAUGUUAGGAAUGCAUUUGUAUGAAAAAGAUAUUCUUUCAUUGAUUAAUAAAUAUAAGAGUGGUCCUGAUUAGGUUAAAUAUACAGAUUUUUGCGAUUAAAUUGACGCUUAGUUCUUCGAUUAUAACUUGGCCAAAGAAAAUCUUGAAAGCACAAAGAGUUCUUCCUAAAUUUCUUAAAACGAAUCAGCAAUUAUAUAAUAAAUUUUACUCUCAAUUAAGUAAGAAAUUCGUACAAGAAGAAUUCUUUUAAAAUAGCCUUUCUAGGAUUUUGAUAGAACUCGUUGUUCACACAUUACUGUUGACUAAUUUUCAAGAGUGCUCACUUAAUUGAGCAUUUUACCUAACGAGCAACUCUUCAAUCUUUUGAUUAGACGUUAUAUUGAUAAUGGAAACCCUAAGGAAGUUAAUUAUGUUAAAUUCUGCGAUGAUGUCGAUAAUGUUUCUGAAAUGCUUGAAACUGUUAUUAAAGGAAUCAAGCCUAAUGAAAAGGUUUUUGAUCCUAAUGAGGAUAUUGUAGAAGAUACAAAGGAUUUAAAAUUAAUGAGCACUCUUUUUACUUCCAAAAAACUUAAUUUUGGAAACAAAUAGCUAAAUGAUGUUAUUGUUAAGAUAUAAGCAGAAGUCGUAAUGAAAAGAAUUAGAAUUCGUGAAUUCUUUAAGGACUACGAUAAUUUAAGAAAGGGUGUAGUAUCUGAAUAAUAAUUCAGAAGAGUUCUUGAUGUUAGUAAUAUAAAAUUGAGUGAAUAGGACAUCAAUCUUUUACUUUCAGAAUUUAAAGUUGAUAACAUCCCUAACGGUUAAGUGAGAUAUUCAGAUUUUUGUGAAGUAAUAGAUGAAAUUUUCACAAAGAAGGCUAUCGACAAAGAUCCUCUUGCAACUGUCACUUAAUUCUAACCUGAAACUACUUUGCCAGCUAGAAGAUACUACCUUAAUUUAACUGAAGAGGAAAAAGGCCAACUUAGACACUUGCUUAAUUUAUACCACAAGGAAAUAUAAAAUAAGAGAGUUUUAAUUAAACCUCACUUUGAAGAUUUCGAUAAAACCAAGCAAGGAUAUAUUUCAAAAAAUCAGUUCCUCCGUAUUCUCAAUUAAUUCAGUCUUUUCCCAAGCGAAGAGGCUCUUAAUUUAAUAUUGAAGAGAUAUACUGAUAAGGGAACACUUGAUGAAGUAAAUUACUACGAAUUUUGCAGAGAUGUUGAUAUCUAUGAUGAAGGUGUUCUUGUUAGCAAGACUUAUGCUGACUCAUUUAAAAACUACCAAAAACCUGAAAAGGAAUUCCAACCAUUUAUUCAUAAUGACAUUCCCAACGAUAUUGAAGAUUUAUUAGCCAAGCUCCGUGCAAAAGUAAAAGAACAGCGUCUCCGUAUCUCUGAGUUUUUAAGAGAUUUCGAUAAACUCAGAAGUGGUAACAUAACUAAAGAAUAAUUACGUCUUGGUUUGAGCAUGGCAAAACUUCCACUUUCAGAUGCAGAGUUCACCCUCGUUAUUGAAAACUUUGCUUCCACUACAAAGGAAAAUAACGUUCGUUGGAAAGAUUUCUGUGAUCAAAUUGAUUCUGUCUUUACAUAAAAAAAUCUUGAAAAGAAAUCAGCUACUCUUCCUGUUUUUAACCCUAGCACUGAAUAUAAAUAUGGUCGCAGAGGACUUACUGAAUAAGAAAGAAGAAUAGCAGAACACAUGAAGGCUCGUUUCAGACAAUUCUGCUAAGCUACUAGAAUUGAUAUUAAGCAAUUCUUCUAAGAUUGGGAUAGAAAUGGAAGAAAUAAAGUCACUCCAAAAUAAUUUAGAUAAGUUUUAACUACAGUCAAUUUUAAUAUUUCAGACCCUGAAUUCAAUGCAAUUAGUCGCAUGUAUUCUUCUGAAGAUGAACACGACGUAAGAUAUGUAGAUUUCAUUAGAGAUACUAAAGUAUAUGAAUAGCAUCUCUGGUCUUCAAAUCAAACUAAGGACUUUGGAGCUCAUGGACUCGAUACCAGAAAGCGCCCUGUUGAUGCCAAUGUUUUAUUAGAAGAAAUUAAAAAUAUAAUUAAAAUUAACCGUCUCAGAGUUGGUGAAUACUUUGCUGAUUAUGAUCCCCUUCGUAAAGGUGUGAUCCCUACAAACAAAUUCCGUGGUGUUAUUUCACAAAUGAAAAUUGACUUAGAUGAAGAACAGAUCUUAAAGCUUGAAAAUAUGUACAUCUUAUAAUCUGAUCCCACAAAAUUAGAUUAUGCAAGCUUCUUAGAAGACGUUAAUAUUGUUUUCACAAAAACUGGACUUGAAAAGGAUCCUAUUGCCAAGCCUGUUCCAUUCGAAAAGAAAAAUGCCAUCGAUCCAAGAGAUGUGCUUACUCCUCAAGAAGAAGAAGAUUUACAUGUCUUACUCUUACGUUUGGGUGAAGUUAUUUCAAAGCACAGAAUCAUGUUCAAGACACAUUUCUAAGAUAAAGAUAUUGCCAAGAGUGGUAAAGUCAGUUUCACAAGAUUCAGAUCUAUCCUUGAUCUACACAAGCUUCCUUUAACUGAUUAACAAUUUAAACUUCUCUGCAAGAGAUUUGCUCACUAAGGUGUUGAAUUUAAUUAUAUUGAGUUUGAUGAAGUUGUUAAAAAGUAUGAAAAUUUAUACAGUUGA